AUGGCUUUCCCUCUUCCCAGAGGCGUUACAGCCUCGGAGAUCGCCUUCCUGGCGGAGAUGGAAACAGUGACAGUUGUGCCUCGCCAACGUUUAGAAGGCCUAGAACUACUUGGAGGCCCCGUUGAACCACUCGUGCCCCCGCGGCGCGCAUCUCUACCUCUCUGGCUCGCCCUCCUCCUGAAACGCCAACGCCGCGCCAACAUCAUACCCCCACCAUGGCUACACCCAGAGCCCUUGGAUCUCAUUCUAGAAAUUGAGUCCGGACACCAGGAUUAUCAAAACGCAUUCUCCCCGCCUCCCCCACUGCCCGGCCAGCCUAGCGUCUUCGACCGUGAUGGCACACCCGCUGCUAGACCGCAGUAUACACCAGAUGGGAACCGAUAUUAUGCCGCGCCGCCGUUCCUACCGCAAAAUACAGCUCAGCUUACGACGUCUGACCGCGAUCCACCCUCCCUGCCUUUUCAUUGGGUUGAGGUUGGGAAUUUGCUGCUUGAGUCUGCGAGUGAUGAUCUUGUGAAUCCGGAUCAGAUACGGAGAACACUUAAGGAUUUACGGGAGGUGCGCAUGGCGAAGAUGAGAUCUGGUGUUGAUAUCCUGGAUGCCGCAGCGAUUGGUGGUGGCGGUAUUGCUUUGACUGGUGUUGGGUCUAUGGAACUUGGCGAAGAGCGUGGGUUUGUCGCUGGAGUAGUGGACGGUCUUAGGAGAAUCGGGUCUUCCAAAGAACAGGCUCGGCGCGAACAAAUGGCUGAGCAAAGAGCGAAUGGCGGAUAUGAUGGCACCCAAGAUGACGACGAGGAAGAGGACUAUAUGGAGUUCUAA